GCUGUCCCGAGCCUUGCCUGCGCCCGCCCCCGAAGCGGCGCGGGACGCCCGGCGCCGCCCGCGGUCCUCAGGGCUGCCCGCUUAGGCUUAGGCCCGGCCCGCUGUCAAGGCCGAGCCGCUGCAUUUUAUUUCGUUCGUGGUUUCUGCACAGGCUGGAGUUCCGUCGGUUGGGUCGUACUUGGGACCUCGGCGAAGAGGACCCGUUUAUUUUUUUUCUUUCCAAAAUGGCAGCCUCCAGUCGCGCACAAGUGUUAGAUCUGUACCGGGCGAUGCUGAGAGAGAGCAAGCGUUUCAGCGCCUACAAUUACAGAACAUAUGCUGUCAGGAGGAUAAGAGAUGCCUUCAGAGAAAACAAAAAUGUAAAGGAUCCUGUAGAAAUUCAAACCCUAGUGAAUAAAGCCAAGAGAGACCUUGGAGUAAUUCGUCGACAGGUCCACAUUGGCCAACUGUAUUCAACUGACAAGCUGAUCAUUGAAAAUCGAGACAUGCCCAGGACCUAGCAGGCCGGGGACCAGCCACCAGCGGCGGCCAGGGACCACCUUCAGCAUCCACUCUGUUUGAGAUGGGGGCUCCCAAAACCAGCUUACAAUAGCCUUUUGCGCUGCCUGCCCUUUGGGAGCUGAUAAACCAAGUCACGUUUGCGUUCUGUUGCAGGCUUAGUGAAAAAGGACUGCUGUCUUUCCUUGGUUCGAGUGUUAGAAUGGAGAGCUGGAGUUCAUUGAGAACAGUGCUGUGUGUUACCGCGUCUCCCUCCACCCCGUCCCUAUGUUGUACUCAUCACCAUUGUGUAUGGCAUUUCUACACUUUGUUUCUUGGUCCUUGACAAUAAAAAGAAUGAUCUCCCUGA